CCAUCUCUUCAACAUCCAAAAAACAGAAGACCCUCUGAAGAGAGACUUAAUGGAGUCAUUGCCACAUGACAUUAUCAGUAAAGACUUUGAGGCUGAACCAUGGAAAUAUUCGUCACACAUGGACUUCACAAUGGAUACUGGUAUAUUAUGGUCCUCUCUGUAGGCUACAGUAUGUGGGUAUAGUUUUUGGAGGUAAAUUAUCAUGUAUUGUGUUGUGCCAUUAGUCUUUUUUUGUCCUUUUACUCCCUUAUGUGUUUGAAAGGAGCGGCCAUCCUCAAUAUUGAAGGAGCCCUGGUUUUCUCCCCAGUGUCCUUUCUGCCACGUUCGGCAAUGACCAAUCUGACAGCUUACUUGUUUGGCAGAUCAUUUAAUAUUUUAGAGGUUUCUUUCAGGAUGGAAAAUGCAGAACCUUUUCUCUGGAGUAUGUUUGAAGGUCAGCAUGCUUCUACAAAUAAAAGUCCUACAGAUCAAACAGGACCAUCUACAUCACCUGGGGGAAAAAAGCAGAAAAGAAAUGAGGGCAGGUGGUCUAGCCAACAAGAAAGUGCAAAUCAGAAUGAGAACUGCAAGUCCGACAUCUUGAGUCCUCUCAAAGCUAAGGUGAGGGAUCAGUUUGUGGUGAUUUGUUGAUUUUUUUUUUAGUCACACAUCAGGAAUAACUAGGUUUUUGGUUUAAGUUCACAGGAAAGAGGAAAAUCCACAAUGAGUUUCAAUGCUGGAUUAAUGUGAAGAUGUUUGGUAGUGACCUCACAUUCAUGACCUGCGAUGAACUGCUUGGCAAAUUGAGAGAGCUAUCACUUAAUGUAGCUGGCUUCACUGUGGAGCUUCUGAAGGGUCAGGAGAUUAAGGUAAACCACAGGGCAAUUGUGGUAGCAGAAGAACUGGUCUUACCAUCAAUUUCAGGGUUGCCAAUCAAGCUGAACAUCAACAUGUCCUCUUUCUACUCCCUCUGGGUGAAGGGUAGUGCUAACUUUAAGGACUGGUCUCAGUUCUCCUUGGCUGGUUAUGUUAAACCAAAGACAUUUGUUGGCAUCUCAGCAAGAAUGGGAAUAGAUGGAGCUUUUGGUCGAGUUGGAAUGGAGUGGGUCACCCAAGUCAGAACAUCCACCAGCUUGGACGGAGGCAUACAUGUGCACAAUGGACAAAGUCUGAAGAUGGUUCUCAACACACCUGAUGAUGUUAUGGAUAUUUUGUCCUUUAGUUUCAGAAUGUAUCGCGUAAAUGGAGAAAGUAGAGAGGAGCUCACACCAAGGAACCUCAAAGAGAAGACUACCUGUUCUCCCAAAACAUGGUCAAAGAUGCUUGGAUGGCAGUUAUGCACUGAUGCCACCUACCCCGUGCAGCUGUUGGGAAAAAGUUUUCCACCUCCUGGCCCAAUUAUCUUUAGUUUGAGGCUCCAAAAACUAGACAGAGUCCUUCAAAAGUACCUUUUAGAAGCAGCUUAUGCCUUUGUUCCUCAGCAAAACUCCUGGAUCCCACGUGAAGCCAACAUCCUCCUCUUCCUUGGAACUCCACAAUCCACUAUCCCCCGAGAUAUAUCUUUGGACUUCAGUCUCAGUCCUCAGAGGCUAAUUCUGAAAAUUGUUCACCCUCUGAAAACCAUUCUUAUUCAAGGGCAGUUUGAUGAACUGAAUGGUCAGAGGUCAGGAAGAGCUGAAAUACUAAUAGAUGACAAGUACCAUUAUUACCUAAAAGGACUGAUAAAGACUCUGAGUCUUCCAUCAGAAAAAAGAACACAAUACCAGCUGGAGGCCAAGUGUGCAGCAGAUGGGCAUCCAGUCAUACUCUCUGUUAAUGUCACACAUGGGCUCAACAGGAAGAUCAAUGUCUCUGCUAAGUUGAGAAAUGUCUUCAUUAAGGAUGCUUCCUUUUCAGUGCAGGUCGAGCGGAGGCAGGAUGACGGCAAGAGGCAGUAUUCAGUGGAUGCAGGGCUCCUUUUGCCUUACUUACUUAGCACUAGGAUCUUUGGACUACUUGAACACAGGGGGAUUGAGUGGGCCUCUGGCUUGAGGAUCAGAUAUGGGGUACAAGAGGACUCAGAAAAUAUGCAAGAGUGCCACAUGUCCCAGAACCUGAGACAUGAGUUCAAGCCAGUUGAGAUGCACUACGGCACAACAGUAGAGCAUGAGCUCCAGUGUUCCCACAUCACAUUCAUCAACCACAGGAUUCAGAUCCAACAUGAAAGGAGCCCCAUUAAAAUUCAGUCUUCCCUUGACCUGAGCUAUGGCAACCACUGGAACCAAGGUAGCAACAAACAAAGAGUCCUCUUGAGUCAGUCCUUCAGGAACCAGUCUGGACAGAGUCUCACCAGUUAUGCUCUGGAGUUUAGCUUACGAAUCCCAGACAAAGGACUGAAUUUCAGGACUCAGUUCCUGUACUCCCACCAGAAAAGAAGGCAGUCUGAGAUGAGCACCCAUCUGAAGGUCAAUUAUAAUGACCAGAUUCCCCUAGUGGCUGGGCUUCAUUGGAAAGAUAUGUCUGCAAAAGUUUCAUUACAGAAAUGGGAAGGGUCCCUAAACAUGGACACACCUUGGCUGUAUGUCUACAUGGCUCAUAAGUUAUCUCAACUCCAGCAUGGCACAACCCAAUUCACUUCUGAAAUUACAAGCCGGAGAUUGGUUACCAUUCAUAACUUGAUGCUGGAUGGCCUCUACAGGGAAAGGGGCAGAGACAGAGAGGGACACUUAUACUUAUUCACACCAACAGCCACCUAUCUAAAGGUUGGUGGCUACGUCAUAGCAGGGAAACGUAGAGUUAACGCCUCAUGUUCCAUCAGCACAGCUUGGAUGCCAACCUUGAGUGGCGACAUUUCACUGGGGAAUGGAAAAGAGUUGAAGACUCUGGAUUUGAGCACCAGCUAUGGCAAGCAGAACCUCAACAUCUCCUCAAGCCUCAACAUUGUAGAUAAGAAGCUGAAGAAGAAAUUCUUGAUGAUGACUAUGACUCUGUCAGACCUAAACUAUUCUUAUCUUGAGCUGGAUAUUGGCGGUAGAGUGGAAGAGAUGAGGAAGGACAUGAACUUGUAUCAAAAACGAUGGGCAGCCAUUUAA